AUGCACCAUUCAAGUGGUCAGCAUUGUGCUCCAACUAACUACAAUUGCUGCUUUGUUUUCUACUGCAGUGUUUUGUAUGAAAGGUGCAAUGUUGCUGUGUUUUCUGCUGCAACGUGUAUCAUGGAUCGAAGUUGGAUGAACGCAUCACGUAUCAGUGAACAGUACGAGGAUGGUGUUGAAGAGUUUUUGCAGUUUGCUCAAAGUAAAGGGCAACCUAUGUGGGGAAAAUAUUUUUGUCCAUGUGUCAAGUGUGGAAAUGGGAGGCGUCAAACAGUUGAUGACAUAAGGACUCAUCCUAUUUGUGAGGGAAUAAUUCGUAGCUACACAAAAUGGAUAUGGCAUGGGGAAUCCCCCGAUACAGCUGACAUGUCACAGGCUGGGGAGCGUAAUGUAGAAAUUGGAAAUCCUAUAGAAGAAAUGAUUCGCGAUCUUGGGCAAGAGGGGUUUCAACAGGCACAUACAGCCUUGUAUGACACCAUAGAAAUUGAUUCGAAGAAGCCUUUGUAUGUUGGCUGCACAUCUUUCACCAAGUUGUCUGCUGUGUUAGCUCUGGUUAACUUGAAGGCACGAUUUGGGUGGAGUGACAAGAGUUUCAGUGAGCUGCUGAUGUUGCUGAAAAACAUUCUUCCUGCAGAUAACAUUUUGCCAAAGAAUCACUACGAAGCAAAGAAGAUUUUAUGUCCAGUUAAGAUGCAGUACGAAAAAAUCCAUGCCUGCUGUAACGACUACAUUUUGUACAGAGAUGAAUUUGUUGAACUUGAUUGCUGCCCUGUGUGCGGGGUAUCAAGGUACAAAUUGAAGAACGAGGAUUCUAGUGUACAUCUAAAUGCCGGCAACCCGCAUCCAGCAAAGGUGUAUUGGUAUCUCCCAAUAAUAGCAAGGCUGAAGCGGUUGUUUGCUAAUGGCGAAGAUGCAAAAAACCUGACAUGGCAUGCAAAUAGCAGAAAAUCAGAUGGAUUGCUACGACAUCCUGUAAAUAGUCCACAAUGGAAGGCAAUUGAUUGUCUAUAUCCUGACUUUGGGGCCGAGCCUAGAAAUUUAAGGCUUGGGCUUGCAACGAACGGAAUGAACCCAUAUGGAAACUUAAGAACUAACCAUAGCUCGUGGCCCAUUUUACUGUUCAUUUAUAAUCUCCCUCCGUGGUUGUGUAUGAAGCAAAAGUAUGUAAUGCUGAGUAUGAUGAUAUCUGGUCCAAGACAGUCAGGUAAAGAUAUUGACGUAUAUCUAAGACCCUUAAUUGACGGUUUGUGGAAAUUGUGGGAAGAAGGGGUUCAUGUAUGGGACACAAAUCUGCAGCAGUCUUUUUUGUUGCAUGCCAUGGUUUUUUGUACCAUAAAUGACUUUCCAGCCUAUGGGAACUUAAGUGGAUAUAGUGUCAAAGGACAUCACGCAUGUCCUAUAUGUGAGCAGAAUACUAGUUUCCGCCAACUUAAACAUGGAAAGAAGACUGUAUAUACCAGGCACCGUAGAUUUCUCAAACCUUAUCAUCCGUAUCGACGAUUGAAGAAGGCAUUUGAUGGAAGUCAGGAACAUGAAAUAGCGCCAAAUCCAUUAAGUGGGGAUGAAGUUUAUGACCAGGUGAAGGAUGUUGUAAAUAUGUUUGGCAAGUUCCAGAAAAAACCAUCAUCUAAUGCAUACGUGUGGAAAAAAAAGUCUAUUUUCUUUGAUCUUCCAUACUGGUCUGAUCAUCAUGUCAGACAUUGUAUAGACGUCAUGCAUGUGGAGAAAAAUGUUUGUGAUUCUUUAAUUGGGACCCUCCUACACAUUAAAGGCAAGACAAAGGAUGGUUUGAAGUGUCGGCAAGAGUUGGUUGACAUGGGUAUACGUCAGGUGUUGCAUCCUAUCUCAAAAGGUCCACGUACAUAUCUCCCCCCAGCAUGUUACACAAUGUCAACUGCGGAGAAGAGAAGUUUUUGUCAAUGUCUGCGUACUAUGAAAGUCCCACAAGGAUACUCUUCAAACAUCAAGAGCCUUGUGUCUGUGACUGAGCUUAAGUUGGUUGGCUUGAAAUCACAUGAUUGUCAUGUGUUAAUGCAACAACUUUUGCCUGUGGCAAUUCGCGGGACGUUGCCUGAAAAGGUCCGUGUUGCAAUUACUCGCCUCUGUUUCAUAUUUAAUGCUAUAUGUGCAAAGGUCAUUUACCCUAAACAGUUAGAUGAUUUGGAAAAUGAGGUUGUUGUGGUCCUUUGUCAAAUAGAGAUGUAUUUCCUUCCUUCAUUUUUUGACAUAAUGGUACACUUAGUUGUUCAUCUGGUAAGGGAAAUAUGGUGUUGUGGUCCUGUGUUUUUAAGAUGGAUGUAUCCAGUUGAGCGGUACAUGAAGGUCUUAAAAGGUUAUACCAAUAAUCAAUAUCGACCAGAGGCGUCAAUUGUGGAAAGAUACGUUGCUAAAGAAUGUAUUGAGUUUGCCUCACAGUACGUUGAGUCAUUGAAACCAGUUGGGCUUCCUUCAUCUCGUCAUGACCAGCCAAAAGUAGGGAAGGGCACACGUGGAUACAAUGUUGUGACAAUGACUAGACAUGACGUGUCACAAGCUCAUUUGUAUAUAUUAAACAACACAACAGAGGUGUUACCGUACGUAGAGGCUCACAAAAAACAUGUUAGAGAAACUCACCCCAAAAUGAACUUGAUGAGGGUGUUGCAAGAGCACAAUAAAACUUUCAUAAAUUGGUUUAGACAAACAAUAUUUGCUGAUAAUAGUGUUUCCAGAAGACUAACAUUGUUAGCCAUUGGCCCAAAUCUAAAUGUCCCUACUUGGAAGGGAUAUGACAUUAACAAUUACUCCUUCUACACAAAGUCGCAAGAUAAAAGUUCUGUACAAAACAGUGGGGUCAGUGUUGAUGCUGAUUCAGAUCACUUCUGCAGUACAUCGGAAAACAACCCCAUUCGAGCAUCUAUGUGUUACUAUGGCGUCAUUCAAGAAAUUUGGGAGGUUGAUUACACUGCAUUUAGAGUGCCUGUUUUUAAGUGUCAGUGGGUCAACGGGACAACGGGUGUGCAUCAAGAUCCAUUGGGAUUUACUUUGGUUGACCUUAGUAAGGUGGCAUAUAUGGAGGAACCUUUCAUUAUGGCAAAACAAGCCAGACAAGUUUUCUAUGUCGACGAUCCAUGUAAUUCAAGUUUGUUUGUGGUUCUCCAAGGAAGACCAACUGGAAUCAAUUACCAUAAUGAUGAUUCAAGCCUUGACAUCGGUGAAAUGGGUGGUUUUUCAAAAAACCUACCUCCAAUGAAUGAACCUGAUGAAGUCGAUGAUGGAGAUGCAAAUCGUGUAGACCAUGAUGAAGGUUUAUGGGAGAACAUUCCUACAGGAAUUGUUUGA